AUGUCAACGGCCGAUGCUAGCACGGACACCGUUCCGAUUGAGGCGGGCCCAAUUGAAGAGACCAAGGUCGCUGACCCUGAAGUCGUUGAUUGGGAUGGGCCAGAGGACCCCGAGAAUCCUCAUAACUGGCCAAGCCGUAAGCGGUGGGCGCACGUUGUCGUUAUUGCAAUUAUCUGCCUAGUUAUGAACAUUGCACCUACCAUGUGCGCUCCGAGCAUCAAUCUACUUGUUGCCGAGUUCAAUAUCCGUUCAUUCGUGGUCAGCACCUUUGCGGUGACACUCUACCUUCUUGGCCUCUCAGUAGGCCCCAUGUUCAUCUCCCCGUUGAGUGAAGUGUACGGCCGCUUGCCCGUCUACCAUAUCUCCAACGUAGUUUUUGUCGCAUUUGUCAUUGGCAAUGCGUUGAGCAAGAAUAUUGGCCAGUUUCUCGCUUUUCGUUUCCUCUCCGGAUGUGCGGGAGGUACCCCCAUGGCUCUUGGUGGGGGAAGCAUCGCGGAUGUAACUCCUAUCCAACGCAGAGCAAUUGCCAUGGCCUUGUUCAGUCUUGGGCCGCUGACUGGACCAGUUCUGGGGCCUGUUAUCGGUGGCUUUAUCGCUGCUGGCAAGGGCUGGCGCUGGAUCUUUUGGAUCCUGGCGAUCAUAGGGGCUGCCGCCACGAUUACUGGAUUCGUCAUUCUUCGUGAGACACACCCCGGAAUUAUUCUCGAACGCAAAGCCACUCGUCUUCGCGAGUCUACAGGCAACCCACAUCUUCGAUCAAAGCUUGCUCGUUCCCAGUCACCACGCCAGCUCCUUGCUGCCGCUCUUAUUCGGCCCACCAGGCUUCUCAUUCGUUCGCCAAUUUUACUGAUUAUCUCUCUCUAUGUGGCCCUUGUUUUUGGCCUCAUGUACCUGCUCUUCACCACCUUCACCGACGUUUUUGAAGGCGAGUAUGGCUUCACAACAUCCACCUCUGGCCUAGUCUAUCUUGGACUCGGAGUCGCCCUGGUUAUCUGUAUGCUCCUCUUUGGCGCUCUCAACGAGCGAGUGCAAGCUGCGUGCCUAAAAGCAGAUGGUGCUACGCAACCCCGGCCUGAGUAUCGUCUCGUUCUCAUGAUCUUCUUCAGUCCCUUGGUUGGUGUAGGCCUGUUCAUCUACGGCUGGACAGUACAGUAUAGAGUUCAUUGGAUUGUUCCCAUCAUCGGCACUAUGGUGAUGGGGUUUGGAGCCUUCUUCGUUCUCGUGAGUUUCACUUCUGCCAUCAAUCCCUCCAGGUCGUUAUCAACACUAACUAAAUCCCACCAGAUGCCUGCCCAACUAUACCUAGUCGACUUGUUUGGCUCUGAGGCUGCCGCUUCAGCUCUGGGAGCCAAUAAUCUUAUGCGUUAUCUGUCAAGUACGUUUUUGCCACUAGCCGGACCUAAGAUGUAUAAGACUUUGCACUACGGCUGGGGUAACACACUACUUGGCUUCCUUGCCCUUGCUUUUGUCCCGGCUCCGAUCCUUUUCUACAAAUACGGCGAAUGGCUCCGUGCUAAAAACGUCGUCAAAUUGUAA